UCUUGGCUUCCCGGGGAAAGGCGGCGCGAGGGGAAGAAGUUGUAGGGUGGGGGCAGGAGCGAGGAGGAGGGGAGAGAGAGGGGGAGGAGGCCGCGGCGGGGCAGGGCGGGGACUGCCUGCCCGCCCGGGUUGCGGAAGUGGUAGCCGCUGACCGAGCCUGCUGCUCGCUCGCUACUGCUUUGGCUUCCCGGCUCCCCCGCGGACGGAGAGGGCGGCCUGGCCGUGGAUGGUCAGAUAGCCUCUACCUCUCGCCGCCCAUCCCUGGCCCCAACCGGCACGGAGCAGACGGCGGCAGCGGCAGCAGCAGGCGAGGAGGAAGAUGGCGGGACGGCUGCCGGCCUGUGUGGUGGACUGUGGCACGGGGUAUACAAAACUAGGAUAUGCUGGAAAUACGGAACCACAGUUUAUCAUCCCUUCCUGUAUUGCUAUUAAGGAGUCAGCAAAAGUGGGUGAUCAGGCUCAAAGGAGAGUGAUGAAAGGUGUUGAUGACCUAGACUUCUUCAUUGGUGAUGAAGCAAUAGAAAAACCUACGUAUGCAACAAAGUGGCCAAUCCGCCAUGGUAUAGUUGAAGAUUGGGACUUGAUGGAAAGGUUUAUGGAGCAAGUGAUCUUUAAAUAUUUAAGGGCGGAACCUGAAGACCAUUAUUUUCUUUUGACUGAACCUCCACUGAAUACUCCAGAAAACAGGGAAUAUACUGCUGAAAUAAUGUUUGAGUCCUUCAAUGUUCCAGGCUUGUACAUUGCUGUACAGGCUGUUCUUGCCUUAGCCGCAUCGUGGACCUCCAGACAAGUAGGAGAACGGACGUUGACCGGUACGGUAAUAGACAGUGGAGACGGUGUCACUCAUGUCAUCCCUGUGGCUGAAGGGUAUGUGAUUGGCAGCUGUAUUAAGCACAUUCCAAUCGCAGGACGAGAUAUAACAUAUUUUAUUCAGCAAUUGCUGAGAGACCGAGAAGUAGGAAUUCCUCCAGAGCAAUCCUUGGAAACUGCUAAGGCAGUAAAGGAGCGCUAUAGUUAUGUCUGCCCAGAUUUAGUAAAAGAAUUUAACAAGUAUGAUACAGAUGGAUCAAAGUGGAUUAAACAGUAUACUGGAAUCAAUGCUAUCUCAAAGAAAGAAUUUUCCAUUGAUGUUGGAUAUGAGAGAUUCUUGGGACCUGAAAUAUUUUUUCAUCCAGAGUUUGCUAAUCCAGACUUUACUCAGCCUAUCUCAGAAGUUGUAGAUGAAGUAAUUCAGAAUUGUCCUAUUGAUGUCAGACGUCCUCUCUACAAGAAUAUUGUCCUCUCUGGAGGUUCAACCAUGUUCAGGGACUUCGGACGUCGCUUGCAAAGAGAUUUGAAAAGAACUGUAGAUGCCAGGCUGAAAUUAAGUGAGGAAUUGAGUGGUGGUAGAUUGAAGCCCAAACCUAUUGAUGUACAAGUCAUUACACACCACAUGCAGCGAUACGCAGUUUGGUUUGGAGGAUCCAUGCUGGCUUCCACUCCUGAGUUCUACCAAGUAUGCCACACCAAAAAGGAUUAUGAAGAAAUUGGACCUAGCAUUUGUCGUCACAAUCCAGUGUUUGGAGUCAUGUCGUAAAAUUGGCUUCAUAGUUUAUUGGGGUUAGGGAGGUGGGGAAGAAAUAAUCUUUCUGAUUACCUGUUUUGUCUGGAGGAUGGCUGGUUUUGAGGUUGUAAACCUGACUUGAAAUAAUAAGACCAAACAUAAUUAUACAGGAAUAUUUUAAUAAGUAUAUCAACAUGCGAAUGUAGAGGAGAGCCAAAACGAUUAAGUGUUUUUCUUUAGAUUGAAUAUUUGAAUCUUACGUGUAACAAAAAGAAGUGGGUUUUAGUUCUUUCUGUGCCCUGCUAUUUUGUAUAUUAUUGAAUUAUCCAAGAUUUGAUGGGAUUUAUCGGUAUGUAGAUAGCUCUAUAAUGCUUGAAUUGUACACUCUGAAGUGUGCAAUGCAAGAGCUUGUUUAUAUUUCAUACUUUUUAUACUUUGAGGAAAAAAAAGUCAAAGAAAAACUAGUAUUUGAGGGAAAAAAAGUGACCAAGUAAAGGAUAAAUACAAAAAAUAGCCUGUGAGACUUGGCAUACACACACACUCAUGGGAUUCCAGUUAUUAGGAAGUGCUUCCAUACCCUGUGCCCCCCAAUGGUUUUCUUUGCAAGUGCUUUUGGAACUAAGAAGCUAGUAUCUUGGAUUAACUGAUGCCUGCUAGUGCUUUCUGAUUACUCGCAUUCUGUUUUCUCGCUUUAAAGGAAAAGUAAAGACAAGACUGUUGGACCAGUAUUGCAGUUCUGCAGUGUCAUUUCUUAUUAAAAAAUGAAUAAUUUGAUUACCCAAAUUGGUAUAUUUAAAGCCUAACACCAUUCUAAUAAAGGCACAGAUUUCUUUUUAAUACUUGUUUCAAGCUCUUUAAUCUCUUUAUAAGUUAACUAAUAAAUCUAUUUUCUUCAAACCUCUGCAGUAGUUCUUUAAAAAUCACAACAGUUGGUUAGCAAGCUGACUUUUUUAUGUGCUCUAAACAAAUAAUUGUGAACUUUUAAUAUGUUGAGUGCUUUCAUUUUGAUAACUGGAUCUCCAUUUGAUAUUUUCAUUUGUAUAACUCAUUUGCAGUCUGAACAUAUUUUUAGUGCCAGUCCCUGACAUAUCAUGGAAAGUUAAUUUUCAUUGCAUUUUAAAAUAUCUGGAUCAUGAAGAACAAGUGAUGAAAAUAAAUUAAAACUGAAUUACCU